AUGCCGCCUAAUCAAGGUGUUGUAUUAUAUACACAAUUGAAUAGCCCAGAACCUCUUUCAGUAGCAGUAAAUCAAAUGUGUAUAAGAUGGCUUGCCAUAACUACAGAUUUAGGUGCUAUUAGUUCUGUGAUUUUAGUAUCUAUCUUUUAUUCAAUGGCAAUACGAUUUAAAAUACCUGGUGGUCUAUUCCUUGUACCAAUUGUUGGUGCUUUAUCAAACUUGUUGUUGUUGGCGAGUACAACUGAAGCUAGUAGUGAAAGAUUGUUUAUUUGGAUGACAAUAGAAAAAAAUAAUGGUAAUAGUGGUAAUGAGAAUAAAGGCAUAGUUGAUUUUCGAGAGGAAGAAGAAAACCAUAAAUGA